GUCACGUUAACGCGAGCGAAGUCCUUUCGGUGCGAGUGACGAGCGGGCGACGGGCGACGUGUCCGUCUGGGGGAAAGAAGAGCCGCGGUAUGGCCUGCAGACAUGUUCUCCGAAGGGUCUGGUCCUCGUCCGUGAGAGACCUUCGCCGUCUGCAAGCUUCUCGCUCUCCCUGCAUCUCAGCCUCGCACUCUGUGGCCCCCCGAUGUUUCCUGUCACCCUCCCGCCCCCUGUCUUCCACUCCCUGCCGCGGGGUUUCGUUCAACGUGCAGGACACCGAGGAUUUCACGGAGAGGGUUGUGAACAGCGAUCUGCCCGUUAUCGUUGACUUCCACGCUCAGUGGUGCGGACCCUGUAAAAUCCUUGGGCCCCGUCUGGAAAAAGCGGUUGCCAAGCAGCAGGGUCGCGUAGCAAUGGCAAAGGUUGACAUCGACGAACACACGGACCUGGCCAUCGAGUACGGGGUGUCCGCUGUUCCCACCGUGGUUGCCAUGAGAGGCGGCAAGGUCCUCGAUCAGUUUGUGGGGAUCAAGGAUGAGGACCAAUUGGACUCGUUUGUCGACAAGCUCGUAGGGCCAUGAGCUGGGCGCACGCAGUCCCCGUGUCCUAAUGCUGACCUUCUGUCUCUCUGCCUCUCAGCGCCCAUGUGAUUCUCCGCCUAGCUUGUUUACUGUUUUCGGUGCACACACGGCCCUGUACCUGCUAACAUCCAUCCUUGUACUGCCAUCUUGACUCACUUUGAUGCAGUGUUUUCUAUCCCUUGUCGGUGUACGUGCGGGUGUGCGUGUCUGCGCAUUCGUAUGGACAGGAAACCCCCUACUGUGGAUGACCUUCCUUUACCCGUUUAAUACUAAUACAUUGAUUGGUCAGCUGCCGCGUCGGAUUAACCCUUCGCGCCGAAUUGCUGCGUAUCCAGCCGAACUGAGACGUAGGAUCAGGUGGCAGGUUGCGCUCUACCCGUUGUACCCUGCAGUUGCCCGUGUUGUACUGCGGAGGGCAACGUCUCCGCGUUCCUUUAAUAACUGUGAGCUCUUACGUUGUCUCUGUUAGCCUGCACUUUGAAUUACAUGGGAUAUGUGUACGAGGUUCAGGAAUCAGUAGAGAAUUUAUUUUUAUGAAAUUUGUAAAGUGACCUGCUUACUAAAUAAAAGAAAAUUGAAUGUGCCCUUUUGCCUUAGUUGAGAACUAUAUUUGAUGGAAUUUGCUCGAUAUAAAUUGAUAUUCACAAACUGAUAUAAUGCUCUUUUUAUCCUGUUACUCUUGUACAAACAGUGCGGACAACAGUAAAAUACAGCAUAUAAUUACCGUGA